AUGCUGUGCCGAGAAAUAAUAGGGGUGGAUGUUUUCAGUGGCACAAAGAAGGGAACAUUAAAAAGAAGUGCAAAAUGGAUACAGGUGGUGGAAAAUUUAACGAAUGUUGAAGGAGUCCACUUCAAAGUCGAUAAUCGGGAUGUAAGGGAUCGGUAUCACCUGCUGUCAACCAACUUAAGGAGAAAGAUAAAGAGGGAAGAUAAGGAAAGUGGGAUAGCUCCAGAGAUGAGUGAAGUCGAGAAAGCGUUGGAGGCACUAAUUGAAAAAGAGGAUGCUGCUGAAGAGCUUCGUCAAGAGGGAAAAUCAAGAAAAGUUACGAUUGAAGCUCACAGAAUGAAUGCAGAAGAUAUAAGGAAGAAAGCCAUGGAGAAUCUUGGGGAAGCACAAAAAAGAAAGAGUGUAGAAAUUGGAGUGACACCAGCAAAGAAGAAGAGAAGCAAUGGUAGUGAUACUGUGAAUUACUUGAGGGAAAAGCACGAGAAGAUGUUGGAGGUGGAAAAGAAUAAGCUGACAAUGGAGGAGAAGAGAAUGGAGGCGGGAAGUAAGAGACAUGACUAA